CACAAUAGGCAGUCCGACUGAUUUUGACCGCAGACACCAACAGUCCAACGGACAGCCUCUUCUCAUCGACUGUCGUUCUGCCUCGACAUCAAGCGAGUCCGGCAACGCAGAAGAAGAGCAGCACACCUUAUCCGCGAACAAGUUCCAACGGACAGAGAACCGCCAAGAUGUCUCGCUUUUUCCACGGUGGCGCCAGCGACAGCGAGUCGAGCUCCUCUGACGAGGAGGAACUCUACAGUGAUCGCGAGGAGGAAGAAGCUUCCUCGGAAGAAGAAUCCAGCGACGAAGAAAAGUCUGUAGAGGACGAGGAGUCCGAUGAAGAGGAGGAGGCCGGUCCCCGUGGUGCCAGUGCAUUCUUGAGGGAUGUCUCCGAGAGCGAAGAGAGUGAGGAUGAGGAGCGAGUGACGGUCGUGAAGAGUGCCAAGGACAAGAGAUUAGAGGAACUCGAGGGAACGAUCAAGUUGAUCGAAAACGCCGAGAAGAUCGGUGACUGGGCGGUGAUCUCGACAGAGUUCGAUAAGCUCAACCGACAGAUCACCAAGGUCAUUCAGUCUGGCCCUGUCCCCAAGAUCUACAUCAAGGCUAUUGCGGACUUGGAGGACUUCUUGAAUGAGACGAUUGCCAAGCAGAAGGUGUCGACCAAGAAGAUGAACGCCAGCAACGCCAAGGGUCUCAACGCCGUCAAGCAGCGCAUCAAGAAGAACAACAAGGAGUACCAGACUGAGAUCGACAAGUACCGGGGGGACAAAGAAGGAUACUUUGAGGCCGCUGAGGAACAGGAGGCCGUUGCCGUUGCCCCCAAGCCGAGAGUCACCCGCGUCGAGCGUCUUGAGACUCUGGCUGUGGCUACCCCUGAUGAGGAGGGCUUUGCGACCGUCGGCCGUGGCGGAAAGACACUCCAGUACACUCCGGAGAGUAUUCUCAAGCACCUCCGUCUCAUUAUCGAGUCGAGAGGAAAGAAGAACACCGACCGCGUCGAGCAGAUCAGGACUAUGGAGAAGCUGCUCGAGGUUGCUCAGACUCCUUACCAGCGUAUCCGCAUCUACCUGACUCUCAUCUCUACCCGCUUCGACCUGUCUUCUCACUCUGCUAGCAACUACAUGAGCCCCGAGCAGUGGAACUCUGCGGAGCGUGAAUUGACGACUCUGCUUUCUGUCCUUGAGGAGCACCGCGACUACAUCGUUACCGAAGGUGCUGAAGAGUGGGAGGACGAUGAGAAGCAGCCCCAGCCUGCUCCGGGCGAGACUCUGCGCAUUCCUGGCAGCAUUGUCUCUUUCGUUGAGAGACUGGACGAUGAACUCACGAGGUCUCUACAGCACAUCGACCCGCACACUGCUGAGUACAUUGAGCGUCUCAGCGACGAGCAGAAGCUGUACAACAACAUCGUUCGAGCACAGCUGUAUGUCGAGGAGCUCGGCAAGACUGACAAGAGCGAGCCUCGACAGGACAGCAUCAACAGAAUCGUGAUGCGGAGACUGGAGCAUGUCUACUUCAAGCCCUCUCAGGUGGUCAGCAUUCUGGAGGAUGCGACGUGGAAGGCCAUCCCUGAGAAUCUGGAUUCGGUCAUCACCCCCCGCGGCAAGGUCGGAGAUGUCCCGACGCUCGUCCAGACUCUCUGCAAUUAUCUGUUCGGCAACAGCGAUGGUAUCAUCAAGGCUCGCGCUAUGUUGUGCCAGAUCUUCUUCCUCGCCCUGCACGACCAGUACUACCGUGCUCGUGACCUGAUGCUUAUGUCUCACUUGACCGAGAACAUCGCCAACUUUGAUGUCAGCACUCAGAUCCUGUUCAACAGAACGCUCGUACAGAUUGGUCUCUGUGCAUUCCGUGCUGGCCUCGUCUACGAGGCUCAGAACACUCUCGGAGAGAUCUGUGGCAGUGGAAGACAAAAGGAACUUCUCGCCCAGGGUAUCAUCAUGCAGCGCUACUCUACUGUCUCUCCCGAGCAAGAGAAGCUUGAGCGCCAGCGCCAGCUUCCAUUCCACAUGCACAUCAACCUCGAAUUGCUGGAGUGCAUUUACCUGACAUCGAGCAUGUUCUUGGAAGUCCCUCUCAUGGCCCAGACUUCCUCUUCACCUGAGAUGAAGCGUCGCAUCAUCUCCAAGACCUUCCGUCGUAUGCUCGACUACAACGAGCGACAGGUGUUCGCUGGCCCGCCGGAGAACACCCGUGACGGCGUUAUCAUGAGUGCCAAGUUCCUCGCCGCUGGUGACUGGAAGAAGGCCUCAUCGCUUCUCAACUCCAUCAAGAUCUGGGAUCUGAUGGCUCAGCCCGACAAGAUCAAGGCCAUGCUCGCCCAGCAGAUCCAGGAGGAGGGUCUGAGGACCUACCUCUUCACCUACGCUCCCUUCUAUGACACCCUCUCCAUCUCCAGUCUGGCAGACAUGUUCGAGCUUUCCGAGAAGAAGAUUUCUUCGAUCAUCAGCCGCAUGAUCUCCCACGAGGAGUUGGCUGCUGCCCUUGACCAGGUCAACAAUGCCAUUGUCUUCCGCAAGGGUGUUGAGCUCUCUCGUCUCCAGUCACAGAUCGUCACUCUCGCGGACAAGUCCAUGUCCCUGCUCGAGUCGAACGAGAAGACUCUGGAACAGCGAACUCAGGGUAUGGCCAAUGCAUUCCAGCGCGACCACGGUGCUGGUCGUGGCCGUGGUGGCCGUGGUGGCGGCCAGGGUCGUGGUGGUCUCAGACUUCCCCAGCAAGGGCGCCGGCCUGGUGGCCAGCAGUUCAGUGGCGGUGCAUUGGGAAGUGCUAUCAAAGCUUAAGCAGUUGAAUGUUGUAAUGGGCUCUCUUCACGUUUUUCUCUCUCAUGCUUCUCAUUUUCUUUUGGAGUCUCAGAUACAUAUGGUCGGCGCGUCCCUGUCUUUCCCAAUACGGUGAAAUCGUGGACCGCGUUGAAUCUCAUGCAUGCAUGCCUUUUACAGAUGAUGUUCAUGUCUGAAAGUUAGAUGAAGAGAAAAAGGUUUCCGUGCAAAAAAGGACGGUUUGAAUGCUGGAUGGGCAGAUUGUGGGCCUGCAUCUGGCUGCUUAGAUAUCUCAAUAUGCUCUCUUUCUUUUCUGUAGCAAUCUCAUAGUAUUAUCUCCGUUAUUUAUUAUU